CGUCUUGCUCAGAGUAGAGGAGUCGUUGUCGUCACAGCCGUCUACCUCCACGUGGCUUAGAAUCACGUUCCGAAGGCCCGCCGGUCGAGGCUAGUAAUAAUACCAAGGAAGGCCAAUGCGGGCUGGGGUUUCCAGAGCUUCUUCGACUCCUCACUCGUUGCGAACCGCGCCGAUCAAGGACUAGAGGCGAGAAAGAGACGAAGGUGGGCAAGAUGAGCUCGGAAGCACCAGCGUCUGCUCCUGCUGCUGCCGUUGCGCCGACCGGGCUGCAGCCGAGCGCCUAUGCUGAUGCCUUUGUCCGAGGACCGCCCCGAGAGGGCGUGCAGCGGAUCCAGACCCGGCUGCACAAGGCAAAGGUCCUGACCGACGAGCUCGCAGACUACUUUGCUGCACGCCGCGAGCUUGAGUCAUCAUACCUCAAGGCGCUCUCCAAGAUUGCCAAGCGCUCCUUCCUCUCGGACCCGUCUGCACUUGGGCCUAACUUUUCGCCCGUCUAUGAGCGACUCGUCAUGGAGAUCGGCGAGCUGGCCAGCAUUCACGGCGAGCUCGAGAAGAAGCUCGAGUCCGAGUGCGAGGUCGCGAUGCGCAGCGCACCCAACCGGGGCGAAUGGGGGAGAAUCAAAGACCACGACGACAACCUGGCGAGCACCUUGAAGGAGAUCAACACGCUCGAGUUGCAGCUGUCCAAGGACCAGAAAAAGGCCGAGAUGGCAUCGUCGAAGAAGGCAGGCCAGGCGCACCAGAAAGCGACAGAGACGGAGCGAAGCCUGAGCCAGACGAUGGAUGUCUGGGAGACGGAGUCGCCAUUCGCGUUUGAGGCGUACCAGAGAAUCGACUCACAGAGGCUCGACCUCAUGAAGGAGAUUGUCACCAAAUUUGAGACGGCACAGAGCGACGCAGCGCAGCGACUGAUGCAGGUCACCGAGCAAACGAUGCAGGUCAUCCUCAACUUUGAUCCCCAGGCCGACAUGCAGGAAUUCGCCCUUCGCAAUGCCACUUCCUCGUCUCGUCCUGCUCGAAGAGAUGCCGCUGCAGCCACCACCACUACCGCCGCCGCCAAUCAGAGCACGAAUAUGCGUCCUUCGGCCCCUUCGUCGGGACCGCCCGCCGCUGCGGCGACGUUGCCGACCGGAGGGAGCGACGCAUACAGAGGCACAGGGACCAAUGGCGUGUCUGAGUUUGGAGCGGUGCGUGCCUCGUCUGCCUCCAUCCACUCCUACGAUCGUCCGGGCACGGCCACGACCGAGACACAGCAGCAGACAACGCCUAGCCGCCUUGGAGGCAGCACCCUCAAGAGUGCCCUCACUCGCUUUGGAAGGGGUCGCUCGAGCAAGAAUGCCAACGAGAAUGCCACUUCGACGUACGGAAACCUGGGUGACCAGACGGAGUCUUCGAUGGGACCGCCUGCCUCAUCCUCGACUCCUGUCCGAAGAGGGACCCGAGGAGGUCCAGGAGGAGGAGGAGGAGGGUUAGAAGAACAGAGGAGUGCCGACUCGUCUGCCUACUCAGCAGCGGGCUUGGGCGCUGGAGCGGCUGCCGUCGGGGGCGCUGCCGCAGCUGGCAGCCUCAUGGCUCCCCUCACUCCUUCGCGGAAGCAGUCGAGCUCCACACCUGCGACCACGGCACCGCCUCCUCAGGUCGACGCCGAGGGCUUCUCAAUUCCGCCACCCGACAGAAAGCCAUGGGAGUUGGGGGCUGGUGGCGCACCAGCGGCAGGUGCCUCGCUGAUGGAUGGCGACGACGACGAGAACGAGUCUCGGGACCUUUCGACGGACGCUGGCAUGCCCAAGAUGACGGGCAUGAGCAUCGCCCCGCAGGCCAUCUCUGAGAAUGCAGAGCAGGACCAGGCGGCGCUGGAAAGGAUGCGCUCGACGCUGCUGACUGCUCGGUCUCCCGUGGUGGCCCCACAGCGAAGGAAUACGACGCGCCGAGACCGUCGCGAUGUGCGCAACACGACUUACAACCCCGGUCUCACCCUGCCGCCUGGUGUAGGCGAAGAAGACAAGGCAGAGACGGGCGCGACGGCACCGGUUGCAGCGAGUGGCGGCAGUCAAUUUGGUCUGCCCACUGCGAGCAGCCCGAUGAGCCAGCCCAGCGCAUUCAUCGGCUCACCAGGCGUGGGCGGCGACCGGACGCAGAGCAUCAUCUCCAUGUCGUCCGCCAGUGCGGCGCCCGGCAACCCGUUCGACGGAUCCGCGCCCGGGCUGCGCGCCAGCAUUCUCGAGCGCGUCAAUGUCCUCUUCACGGGCCGACAAGUGACCAAGAUCAUGGUCGUCGGCGAGGUGUCGGUCUCGCUGCGCGAUGUGGCCGCCUCUCGCGAGCCGAUCCACAUUCGUCUCGAGUCCUUUGAACAGCUCGAAAAGGCGGCGCCCAACCCAGCCUUCCUGCAGCCCAUCGAUGGAGACCGACCCGGCGAGUACAAGCUCGACGUGGGUGCGCUUCUAGAUCAGGGCAACCCUGCAGCGGCCAUCAAGCCCGGCUCGGGUGGGCAGGCAGUGCUGCUGCAGUACAAGGUGCACGUCUCGGAGUCGAGGCAGGCAGAGUACGUGCCGCUGGAUGUCUCGACGCAGUGGCGCUGUGAGGCGCAUCAGACGUCGAUGCUCCUCAACUUUUCUCCAAACGCCAGCUCGAAAUUGGCGACCUCGGUGGUGCAAGGCCAGGACGACGGAGGGAUGCCUGCGUCGUUGCAGGAUGUCAGCCUCACCGUCGACACCGGCCCGAGCAACGUGACGGGUGUCAUGUCAAAGCCGUCUGGUACCUGGUCGGCCGAGCAGAAGCGCAUGUACUGGCGCCUCCCAGAGGAUGUGGCCCUGUCCAAUGGCAUCGUCGGCGGCUCGGGCGCCGGAGCGCCGCAGAAGAUCUUGGCCAGAUGGCAGGUCGAUGGCCAGGGCCAGCCGCAGCCGGUGCAGAUCCGGUGGAGGGUCCCGGGCCGAACGCUGAGCUCGCUCGGUCUCAGCGUCGUGGACGAGUCUGCGUCCGGUCUCCGAUUCGAUGCCGUGUCGAGACAGACCGUCUCGGGCAAGUACAUUGCCAAUCCCUAAGUGGACAAGCUUUGCUAUCCCCUUGGUUGCCCCUCUUCCUCUUCUUUUCCAUCCCGUCUCGUUCCUCCUUCCUUCGCUUCCUUACCGUCGUUUCAUCUUAAUUGCUCUCCCAACCAUUCCUCCUUCGCUAAGCCCUUCCCACUAUGUUUGCAGACUUGAAUUGACUGGGGAGAUUGCUUGUUGUAGCUACAAAUACAGGAAUGGAAUUUGAGGAUUGGAUGCCUGAACGGAGAGACAUCCGCUGUCAG